GGGGGAGGGACUGUAACAGCCUGAGGACGAGGGAGUUCAGUCGAGUGUGGACCGGAGUGUGGAUGGUGGUGAAGUUGUGCUCAAGUGGUCAAUCAUACAAGCUUUCGGCGUGAACGAUGUGGCGACCCGUGCUGCUCCUGCUGGCUGUGGCGCUGGCGAGAGGGUCUUCCUCUCAGGCGAAUCAGAGGGGCGAGUUGUGGGCGGUGCUUGUGGCAGGUUCCUCCUCCUGGAUGAACUACCGCCAUCAGGCGGACGUCUGUCACGCCUACCAGAUCCUCCAUGAUCAUGGUGUCCCCGACGACCACAUUAUCGUCAUGAUGGUCGAUGAUAUUGCACACAACGAAGAGAACCCGACGCCGGGCGUGAUCAUCAACCGACCCGGAGGACCUGACGUGUACGAGGGCGUCCCGAAGGACUACACAGGCGACGACGUGACUCCCGAGAACUUCCUGAAGGUGCUGAGCGGUGACGCCGAAGGAAUGAAGGGCAUCGGAUCCGGGAAGGUCGUGCAAAGCGGCCCCAACGACCGCAUCUUCCUCAACAUGGUGGACCACGGCGCCCCCGGCAUCUUCGCCUUCCCAUACGACUACCUCAACGCCACUAACCUCACUGACACCAUCCUCGGCAUGCAUCGCGACGGCAAGUUCGGAGAGAUGGUGAUGUAUGUGGAGUCGUGCGAGUCGGGAUCGCUUUUCCACAACCUACUUCCGAGAGAUAUUAUGGUGUAUGCUCUGAGCGCCUCGAGUCCCAACCAGCACUCGUACGCCUGCUACCUGGACACAGAGAGAGACACUUACCUGGGAGACGUAUUCAGCGUCAAGUGGAUGGAGGACACAGAUAGGGAGAACCUUCACCACGAGACGUUGAAGAAGCAGUUCAAGCUCGUGAGGAAGGAAGUGACGACGUCCACGGUGAUGCACUGGGGGGAGAUCCGCCUCGACCGCCAGCACUUGUCUAAGUUCAUGGGGAGGAAGCAGUCGAGUCGCAGUCAGCAGGAUGUGUAUCUUCCGAUCCGCGGGGAGGACGACCCUUGCCUAGAGAGCGCCGUGGCCAGCCCUGACGUCCCGGUGGCGAUCCUCAAGUCCCGCAUCCGGAGGGCCAAGGAGGUCGCCGAGGUGGACGCCCUCAAGGAGGAGCUCCGGCACCUGCGCAUGAACCGCGUGAUCGUCAAGGUGGCCAUGACCCGCAUCAUCGGGCACGUGGCAGGCGGCAGCCCUAGGAUGGCCUCGCUCCUCGUGGCGACCGGGAACCACACCAUCACCCACUGGCCCUGCUACACCGCCUCCGUCAGGGCCUUCCACAACCAUUGCUUCAACCUGGCAAAGAACCCGUACGCCCUCCGUGUGCUCAAGCCGGUCAUCAGCAUGUGCGAACAGGGCUACACGGCCGAGGAUUUCACCCGCGCUGCUAAGCUCUUGUGCACACACGGCCCCGCGUCUGGCAUCGUGUGAAGGAGGGAAGGAGCGGCAAAGGAAGCAGAAGGGUGCGGAAGAGGUGAAGGGGAAAUGAUAAACGGAGGAAUAUAGGAGAAUAUGGAAGGAGGGAGGAGGUAGAGGAGGGAGAGACACAGCAAAGAGUAAUUUACAUUAAAGUUUGGAAAUAUAUUUUGAAGUAUCGUCAUGACGAGGAGAGAGAAAGAAAGAAAGAGAGAGAGAGAGAGAGAGAGAGAGAGAGAGAGAGAGAGAGAGAGAGAGAGAGAGAGAGAGAGAGAGAGAGAGAGAGAGAGAGAGUGAAAGAGAGAUUUCCAUCAUAUUUGUAUUUUCCAUCAUUGGUUAAACAUUUCAAAUGAUACAAUUUUAUAACCAUCGCUCUUUAUUUGGCAUUUAGAAUAUGUUUUAUUAACUCUAUGGCAUUAUUUGACGUAAUAAAAAUGAAUUUGGUCAAACAUU